AUGGUAAGAUCAUGUGAAUCUUGUGUGGAAGUUCAAAAUCGACCAUCAAAAGCCCCACUACACCAAUGGGAAGAACCAGAGGAAAACUGGGAGAUAAUCCACAUAGAUUACGCAGGUCCAUUUCAGAAUCACAAUUUUCUAAUUGUUGUAGACGCAAAAUCAAAAUGGACCGAAUUUAGAGUAAUACGUGAUGCACCUACAACGCAAAACACUAUAAGUUUGUUAUCUGAAAUUUUUACUACCCAUGGUUUCCCUUCAAUUAUUGUAUCCGACAACGCUACAAUCUUCACCAGCGAACAAUUCAAAUUAUAUUGUAAACAGAAUGGUAUUUUCCAAAAACUAAUUGCUCCAGGACAUCCAAGUACAAAUGGAUUAGCAGAGCGAAAUGUUCAAACACUAAAGCGUAAAUUGAAAGCAAUGUCAUCCGAUCCGGCUUCAAUACAGAAAAAGGUUAACGAAAUUCUUCAAAGAUAUCGAGCUACACCUCUGAACUGUGGAAAGAGUCCAGCUGAACUCUAUUUUAAAAGACGUAUUCGAAUUAAAUUGUAUGCUUUAAAACCUACAAAGAAAAUUUUUUCUCCAAAGCCUAUCCCAGGCGUUCGUCAAAUAGGCGUGGGAGAAAGAGUGCAAGUUCUACACAUUAGAAACAACAAAACUGUAUGGAAAAUGGACAACGUAAUCAGGAAGUUUGGAAACCUACAUUAUUUAGUGAAAUUGGAUGAUGGCUAUACGCUUAAACGCCAUAUAGACCAACUGAAAAUUUCAAAUGUUCAGAAACGGGAAGUACACUUUGCCCCAAGCAUUGAUGGAAACAAUACUGAUUCUACUAACCGUCAAAAUCAACAGGCUCAUGAUUAUAACCAGUAUAUAUUGGAAGCUCCAAAUCUUCAAAAUCAGUCAAAUCCAGAAUCCCAGGAAAAUCAAGAAACUACUAGUCAUGCUGCACCUCAAGAUUCUACAACGGUACAAGAAGCGCAGAAUUCUCAAGAGCAAACUAUUCGUAGAUCUGCAAGAUUACGCAAUAGGCCAACAUAUCUUCAAGACUACGUUCCAGAAUAA